UCCAAAUUCUUCACAUUCUAUCAACAAAUAUCUCUUUGUUUUACGCCUCUUUUCUCUCUCUCUCUCUCUGAUUCAUAUGGGCGAGUCUUUAAGUGGCCUUCCCCACUGUUUCCCAUAUCCCAAUCCUUCUUAAAUCCUCAAUUUCAAUCUUCUUUCAAAUCCCUUCUUCAGAUCAUUGCUUAUGCAUCUCAAUUUUUCACUUCUUUUUCUCUCUGUACUCUUGAUUUCAGCAAUACCCACAUGAAUUUUUCUGUGUUUUUGUGAACUUCCUUUGCUUCUUCUUCAUCUUCAAUACAUUUACUCUAAUGGGUCCUUUCCAAUGAUUCAUAUGGGCUUCGUUUCUUAUCAGUGAUCAUCUGUUGUGUGAUUUUUUCGUUCUUGGAGUUCUUAAAAGAGGAUGGGUAGAGGUCGAGGAAAGGGGAGGAAGUUGACCGUCACGAAUCAUGACGAUGCUGGAAGUGGUGAGGAAGAGAAGAUUCCUGUGCAAAAGCGAAGGGGAAGGCCACAGAAGCCGUUGAAGGAUGAGAUUGAUGAGGAAGAAGCUGAAAAGAUCGAAGAUGAGGACAGCGAGAACCUGAAAGGCAGUGACAUUGUGAGCAAGGAGAUGAAAAGCCCACCUGCAGCAGAGAAUGGGAAAAGGAGGAGAAGAAACUCACAGGUGAAAGAAAAGCUUGAUCCGGUCAAAGAUGAAAAUGGGGACGGAACACGAUCGAGCACUGAUGAAUCAACAAGAUCAAAUGGAUUUCGUCACAAUGGAAGCAGGCGAAAAAGCAAACCCCGGCGAGCUGCUGAAGCGGGUGUUAACUGCAAGUGAAACAAGUUAAAAGAAUAUGGUUUUCUUUCUGAAAGGAGCAGAUAGAAUUUUCAAGGUAGAAAAUGAGGCAUAGCGAUCUUCUAGAUUACCAUAUUUUCUAUUUCUCAAUCUCAUCUAUAACUAUUUCCAUCACCAUUCCUUUUUGCUUAUUCCUAAAAAAAAUGUUGAAUUGAGAAUUCACUCUGCUGGUUUUAAUAUUCUUUUUGGUUACCAUUUUUGGAAUU